AUGGAACUGACCUCUGAGUUAAUAAAAGUGUCGCAGCACCAGCGCUUCAUUGGCCUGGGUCUCUGCACCCAGGAGCCUCCGCUUGUCAUGGCCCAACAGUGCCUCUGGUCCCUGCGGCUCCUACUCGAGCUGCGGGUUAACCCCUUUGGCUGCUGGUCCUGGCUGUCCCGCUUCCAGAAGGGCUCUGACUACAUGGAUCCUCCCGCUCCAGCCCAGAUGCUGGCCCCGCCUCAGGAAUUAACUGAGACUUUGGACAUGGAUUCGGCUACAGAGCCACCCCCAAUGCCAGACCAGUUUGCUGGCACACAUCAGGAUCUUAAUGACCAACUAACUCCACAUCAGAAGCUUCCAGAGGUGGGUCCUGUGCUAGACUGGGAUCAGAAUCAGGCCUUAGCUCUGCCUCCUCAACUUAAAAGUAAGACUGAACCUCCAGGUAUGAGUCAGGCUGAAGGUCACCAGUCAUUUGAAAUACUUGUGCCAUCUCUAGAUAGUCAUAGUUCAAGAGCAACUAAAUUUAUUGUUUCACCUCCAAACCUGAAAAAGGAUCUAGCUCAUCAGGCUCCAGAACCCCCUGAGGAGGUUAGAUUUGAGCCUACUCUACCUUCUGAUGUGGAAGGUCCUGAGCUUCCUGAGGAGGAGGAACCUUCAGUCCAACAAGAGCCUCCUCAGGCAAUGAAACCUUUCGUAGCCCAUCAGGAAGUUCCAAAUCUGCCUCCAGAGCCCACUACGGAGAUGGAACCAUUUCUACUCCAGCAGGAAGGCCCAGCUGAGACUUUGCAGACCAUUGAAGAGGUUAAACCUCCAGUCCCAGAGGAGGUCCCAUCUAAGCCUUCAGAACCUCCUCAUAAGGUAGAACCUUCUUCAGUGCAACAGGAAACCCCAUUUCAGACUCCAGAAGUACUUGAGGAGAGUGAGCCCUCGCUAACUGAGCAGGAAGCCCAGACUCAGUCUCUACAGCCACCUGAGGUAGUUACAACUCCAAGUUCAGUGCAUCAUGAGAUGACUCUUCAACCUACAGGGCAGAAUCAAAUUCAUCAUUCAACCUUGCCCAAAGUCACAAUUAAAUCAGUGGAUGUGGAGCUUACUCUAACUCAAGAGCCUACUAAGGAAGUUCAAUCUUGUCCAACUCAGCAGGAAGUCACAGCUCCAUCUCAGAUGCCCUCUGAAGAGAUUGAGUCUUUCCCAGUCCAUCAAGAGGUCCCAGCUCAUCCUCUAAAGCCCAAUGAGGAAGUUGAGCCUUCUCCAGUCCAGCAGGAAGCCUCAGCACAGCCUCUAAAGGCUUCUCCAGGCCAGCUGGAGGCUCCAGCUCACCCUCCAAAGCCCUCUGUGGAGGAGGAGGCCUCUGUUCAGGCUUCUCCAGUACAGCAAGGGGGUGCAUAUCAGCCUGUAAAACUCCCUGAAGAGGUGGAACCUUCUCCAGUUCAGCAGGAGGCCCCAACCCAGCCUCAUCUUUCAAACUUGCCCAAUGUUACAGUUAAGCCUGCUGAUCUGCAGCUGACCCUAACUCCAGAACCCACUAAGGAGGUCAAACCUCCAACCCAUCAGGAGGACCUAGCUCAGCCACCAGAGCCCCCAAAUGUGGUUUUAACUCUACCUUCUUUGCGUGACAUUUCAACCUCCAGGUCCUCCACAAAUUCAGCAUUCAGUCUUGCCUCAAAUAUCAGUUAA